AUGGCGGCAAUCUGGUUAAUUUACCUGUUACUGCAGGGGAGGCGGGAGUGGACCGGUCCGGCGAAGCCCCAAACUGGAGCGCGUAAGGCUCGUCUCAUCUCAAGAUACGGAGGAACCGCGUGGCCAUUCAGUUUCAUCCUACCACACGAUAUCCCCUCGUCAAUCAUCCUGUACUCAGGUGCUGGGGCGGCGCGAGGUGAUCGACCAUGCGGAGUCGAGUACACACUUCAGGUUUUCAUGAGCAAAUCCGCCACUGCCAUCUCGACCAAAGUAAAUUCCAUAUCGCUGUCCAUUCAACGUUUGACCAUCGCAAUCCCUCACCCGAAUCCACGCCCUCUUGUGAAGGCAUUGGUGAGACAUUUUCACAUCCACUCCGGAUACAUCAAAUUAUGCGUGAUACUUUGCAAGGAGAUCUUUUUCCACGGUGAACCAAUUUCUAUCGGGCUUCGAAUCGAUAAUCGGUCCAGCAACACAGUGGGACGAGUAACCUUUCAGGUAACGGACAGACCAAAAUUCUGUGCGGUUGCAAAUUGGCAUGGUUUCGCCAAACACUUACAAACGAUCUUGCAACGAGCAUUAAUAUGGGCCUCAGCUUGA